AUGCAAGAGUACUAUCCUCUUUCAAAGGCUGCCAAGUUAAAGAAGCAAAUUCAAAAUUUUCAGCAGUUUGGCAAUGAAGAUCUUCCUGAGGCUUGGACGAGAUUUAAAGAAUUGAGGAGGCAGUGUCCGAAGAAUUUGAUGACCCCAGGUGAUUUUAUGUCCUCAUUCUAUGAGGGAUUGUCUAACCGGUCAAAGAUUAUUCUAGAUACCUCAUCCUUUGGGGGUGUUUUCAUUGAUAUGAGACCGGCAGCUGGAGAGCAGUUGAUUGAGAGGAUCACCUCUAACAACACUUACUGGUACACUGAGGGGGAUGAUAUACCCAAGAGAGAGAAAGCAGCUGGGAUGUUCGAAGUUGGAGAAAAGAUGGCAAUGCAGGCUCAGCUAGAUACCAUACAACACAUGCUAAAGCAGUUAGUACAGGGCCCUACUCAGAGUGUCCAGGCAGUUGCUCAGCCUCCACUGAUUUCACAGAAUCCUUAUGUUCCUAACCCCUAUUCUGUACCACAGGGCCAGGGGCAAGGUUAUAGGAGCCAUCAGCAGCAAGGAAGGAAUCAGGUUGUUCCCUCUUGGAACAAUCAGGGAAAUCAAGUGAGAAACAAUCCACCAGGAUUUCAUGGUAACCAAGGGAAUAGGGGUGAAAACCAAGUCCCUCAGAAUUUUGGGCAGAAUAACCAGAAUUUUGGCAAGCUACAAGCAGAGAAUUUUCAGUUGUUUGGCAAGCUACAAGCAGAAAUAGAUGGUCUCAAGGCUCAGCAACAAGGAGGAGGUAAUUAUUUCUCUAAUCAACCUUCAUCUUCGAAUGGUAGACUGCCAGCAAGCACAGAAAAUCCAAGGCACCAAGUGAAUGCAGUCACCACUAGAAAUGGAUUAGCUCUGAAGGACCCCCCUUUUCCUUCGAAUGAUCCAGUGCCUGAGAAAGCUGAUAAGAAGGAUGAGGGCAUUCAGGUUGAGGAUGUUCUUGAUGAUAGUGAGGAAGAGCCUGUGGUGCAGAGAGACAGUGUUAAGGGGAAAGCUCCUGAGCAGGAUGAGAGUGCUCUAAGUAAGAAGCAUGAAAGGAAGAACAAGAAGGUAGAUGACUCGGUUAUACCUUACAACCUGUUACCAUACCCACAGAGGUUGUGGAAAUCAAAGGAGUCUUAUAGAGAGAGCAAGUUUCAUAAGAUGUUGGAUAAGCUGGAGAUCUCCAUGCCUUUUGUUGAAGCAAUCACUCAGAUUCCAUCGUACAAGAAGUUUCUGAAGAAUAUUUUAGGCAAUAAGAAAAAGCCAGAGAAGAGUGCGGUGGUGGAUCUGAUUGGGGGUGCUCUGUGUGAUCUGGGUGCCAGUGUUAGUCUUAUGCCAUAUUCUUUAUGUAAGAGGCUCAACUUGGGAGCACCAAAACCCACCUCCAUGACCCUUCAGAUGGCGGAUCGCUCCAUAAAGCGUCCGGUUGGAGUUCUAGAGGAUGUCCCGGUCAUGAUUGAUAAGUACAUUAUACUGGGGGAUUUUGUUGUUAUGGAUAUAGAGGAGGAUGCCAAGGUCCCUAUUAUACUUGGUAGACCUUUUCUAGCUACUGCUGGUGCACUUAUUGAUGUGCGGAGAGGAAAACUAGUGAUGGAGGUGGCUGAGAACAAGAUUGAGUUUGACAUAUUCAAAAUGGCGAAGCACCAGCCCUCGUAUGUGGAUGAGUGUUACUUGAUAGAAGGGUUGGGUGAGUGCACUGCUGAAAGUAGAAAGAUUGAGUUAGGGGAUUUGCAUAUUUCCCCUAUUGAUCUUGGACCCCCUGACCUGUCAAGUGUGCUGAAACAAAAGAAAAAGUUCUCUGGUCCUGGUGGUUUCUACAAAAGAUGGAUGAGUGAGUUGUCUAAGUUCAAAAGGCCACCGGAUCGCGUGGUCCACAAUCCCACCUGA